AUGGAUCCCCCUUAUCGACCAAGGGUCUCUGAGCAGGCGCCAAAUAUGCCGCCUGUGCGAAGAAUCCAGAAGCGUAAUAACGUAUCGACAGACGUCUUGCGCACAGAUGAAGAGGAAAGAGAGUUCAAGAGAAACCGUACCUCUUCUCAUUUCGGCGACUACUCAAGACAUGCUCGAGUUCCGCAGGACCAAUAUCACCAACACGCAACGGAGCAUAAUGACAACCUUUUCGACGACAAUCAGUACGCCGUCUACAGCCCUCUGUAUGAGAGUCCACAACGUCCUGCACCGGUUGAGCUUCUAAGUCAAAAUGCUCGACACACGACACAAGCUCGCCAGCAAAACAUCGUAUCCGGUCUAGGAAAUUCCAUCCUAGAUCGUCAGCCUNUUCAGGAGGAGAGUGAUUCGGGUGAAGAUGGUGGUCACAGUGAAGAUUUUGCUCAGGAAGAGAAUGUCAAGUAUGACACUUCACCACUGUUUGUCUACGACAACGAGAAUACUCGCGCCUCGCAUACCGGACACCAGUACGAUCACCGGGCAACCAGCAACAAUCAUCUCGGUCAUGCAUCCCAUAUGCAGCAGGAUGAUCGAGAGCCUUAUCUUCAACCCUCCUUCCGUACCCAAACCCAAGACUCAAGAUUUGACCCGAGAUACUCGUACAGCACCUUACCUCACCAGCAGCCUCCUUCUCGAUCAGCACCAAGCCGUCAUGUCAGUUUCGACUUGCCGGACGGUCCACAACAGCAUGCGUCAAAUCACGAGCCAGUACGAGAUACUCAUGCGACUCNNGACGAGAGCAUGCAAACCACACAAACCGGCAGAGACCGGAGAUACCGGAGAUACCGACCGCAGAUAGAGCAAAACAUCAACGUCACAGACAGUCUCAACCGGGAGCACAAGACACCCGAGAAANCGACUCGGGCACAUCCUCGUAACGAACCGACCCGGGCACAACACGGCGUUGGUGUUGCCUCUCCCAGACACUCCAUCCCCCACAGCCUGUACAGACUCAAGAACGUGCGAACAAUCACUCGCGACCACUGGGAGCGGAGCAGCCCUGCGCCUGCUACUCGUCCCAAACGGUCUACCAUACCACCAGGUUUCGUGAAGCAAAAGAACAUUCUGAGUACGGUCAGAUCUAGGAAGAGCCACACCGACCAGCCACUUCUGCGAGUCUUUCCAGAAGAUCUUGUCUAUCCAUCGCCAGUGGCAACAUCCGGCCCCUCCAGUCAGAAUGUUCCCGUUGCUCAAGCUGCAGGACAACAAUAUGCUUCUCCACCAGUCGUGGCUCAGGCGCCUUUACGGCGACAUGUUCCGCCACCAGUUCCUUCGCCUGUCUCUACAGAAUCAAGUUCCUUGCCCAGCAAAAUCUCCAAAGAGCAAUUGAUGAACUUCAAGCCCAAUGCUACAGAUAUUCGAGUCUGGGAGUACAUGCAUAGGGAAGAGAACCCGAUGGACUGGGCGAAAGUCAAGGAGAUUCUCGACCUCACUGGUCCACCUUAUGUUCUCGAGACUCUAAAGAUCAGACAACGAUUGUACGAAGCAAAGUGUGCUCUGAAACAACCCGAGAGAGACACAGUACCGAAAGAACCACAAGCACCCGAGCAACACAUGACUCGUCUUGGAGAUCAAUACUACGAGCAACCCGCACCUUCAAACGCCACCCGUCCCAUUCUUUCAACUCCAGCUGUACAGGCUCCUCCAGUCGUACAAGCUCCUCCAGUCAGACUUCCAGAUGCCAAACGACUUGCCGACCAACUGGAGACAGAACGACUGGCCUGGGCAACCAAGGAAGCAGAGUNNUGCAACAACGCAUCAAAACGAUCGAAGAAGAAUCCGCCGCCAAAACUGCCGAGCUGGAAAGAACAGGAAAAGCAGCUCAAACUCAAGAUUGAAGUUCAGGAAAAGUAUCAAAAGCUGAAAGAAGAGGCUCAGACUCAAAAAGAGAGUUUGAGGGACGAGAAGGCCUUGCGUGCCAAGGCUGAACGAGAUCUGAAGGCUGCUCAGUCUGACGCUCACAGACGCUCUCUGGCUCAGGCCGCCAAUGCAAGGAAGACAGGCAAGGCCACAGACACCGGCUUUACAUUUUCCAAUGACGGCGAAGACGAAACCGGAGGUGAGGAAGGCCAGAAGAAGACGCCAUCCAAACGCAGCAAAUCUCGAAAGUCGAGUGAGACUACCGAAAUCCGAGGAGAUGGUCAUCCACGUACAGCAGGAAAAUCACUGCCGCCGGCUGCUAUCCAAGCACUUUACAAGCAUCUUAACAGUUGCAAAGACGAAGAGGAAGUGGAUGAGGAGCUACCAGAGUCUAUCCAAGAAGCAGACCUUACCUACUUCGUCUAUACAGUGUGCCGCAAACAAUGGCUCACAUCGGAAGAAGAACCAGGCGAUGACAGUGCCAUCGUAUGCGGAGACUACACAUACCUCAAUGCCGCCAAUGCCGCCGUCACGAACGAGAUUUUGCGUCCUCACGGCACUGCUUCAGCCAUCAAGAUCGAUCCCAAGCGGGAAAGGAGUCUGCACCAAGGGAUGGGCGAACAUGAUAUGGCUUGGGCCCAACUCGAUGUUCCCGAAGGUCACGUCAAAGUCUGGCUGCAGAGGCAACUGCACACUGAAUUCGUGGGUGAGCUGCCUCUUUUCGAAGACAAGGGUAUACUCUCGAAGACCGUGUUCGCUGUCAGACAAGAAACCUCGACUGCUGCAUCAACUUCAACUACUGAGACCGCCAACGCUCCCAUUACUAGCACCUUUGAAGAAGACGCCGAAAUCUACACCACAUUCGACCUCGCAAACUUCAAAGCCAACGAGAGAAUAUUCAAACUGCUGUGGCCCGAGGAGAACCAAUCGAUGCGCAUAGAUGACAUCAAGGCCAGAGAAGAAGCAAGAAGACAGAGAAAGCAGACAUUGGAGGAUCUGGAAGAUCAUGGUCAAUUAUUCAUGGAGGAGGUUAAGAGGGAAAAUGGUACUUCAGUCAAGGUCUGGGUCGUGCAGAAGACAGUCGUUGGACCCAGAAAUUAA